AUGAAGGAGGAGGUGGAUGUUGAGAUAGAUGUGAAGGUGAAGGUCGAAAUAGAGGUGGACAAGGUGGAGGCUGAGAUGAAGGAGGAGGUGGAGAUGGAGGUUGAGAUAGAUGUGAAAGUGAAGGUCAAAAUAGAGGUGGACAAGGUUGAGGCUGAGUUGAAGGAGGAGGUGGAGGUUGAGAUAGAUGUGAAGGUGAAGGUCGAAAUAAAGGUGGUGAAGGUCGAAAUAAAGGUGGACAAGGUCGAGGUUGACAUGAAGGAGGAGGUGGAGGUUGAGAUAGAUGUGAAGGUGAAGGUCAAGGUGAACAAGGUGGAGGUUGAGAUCUACCAAUGGAGUGAACCCAUGACACACAAGUCAAGUCUCACAUUUCGAGGUUCUGAGGCAAAUUCAGGAUAUAAUUUAUCAAAUUCCUUCCUAAGCUUCCCUGUCUGA